GAAACAUUGUAACUCAAGGCAACUCAGGGUGCAGCAGCAGCGUUUCCUUCCAUGGAUUGAAGAGAGGAAAUCCUCUUCUUCGGCGUCGCCUGCAUGCAAAUGGAGCCGACCGGGACAGAAUAAGGCUGGGUUAACACACUCAUCUGUAUCCAACACUUGACUUUGCGAGUAGGGGGAGCUUUUCCUCGAGUCCGGGGUGCAGGGCAGCAACCCACUGCCUCCACAAAGGCUCAUACAGGUGACAAGUGUCCAACUUCACUGCAUUGACGCGCUGAGAUUGUCCAGCGGCAGUGCGUGAGACCCGCGGCUCUUGUUUUUGACGUGACAUUUCGCUUGAGCUGCAGUGCAUAUGUGGCCACAUAUGACGCAUUUGCGCCUUCAGCUGUUUUUGCAAAACGCCGGUUUGUUGGAAGCGGGAGUGUUGCCUUUUUCGGACAAGUUUCCUCACUGAUUGGUAUGUUCGUCAUGUCCGCUUGGGUUAACUUGCGCGUUUUCUCUGUAGAGUCACACAGAGCGGCGCUCGGUGCAGAAGUUGGUUGGGAAUAAUAACAGUGCGGAGCGCAGGGCAGGAAGGAAAAAAGAGGUGACAGCGGCGUACAGGGGAUGAUGAGCUGCUGAAUCUUUUUAAAGCUACUACCAUAAUUAUCAGCAUGAGGAUCAAAACUGCGUGGGACUGUUGCUCUUCAUCUACAUACUAACAGUUUUUGCAGAAGCCAGUGAAUGUCAGCUCCUGCAACCACAGCUGCGUAAACUUCGCCAGAUCUGGUGACAUUGUACACUGUGUGUGUGUGUGUGUGUGUGUGUGUGUGCGUGCGUGCGUGCGUGUGCGUGCGUGCGUGUGCUUGCCGAGCAGCCUGGAUGGAUAUGUGGCUCACUGAGGGAAUUUGAAAAGCACGGGGGAUUACUAUCAGUCCCUCUCCUAUUAUAACCUCAAAAUGGAUGCCGACGACAGGCUGUGGAGACGCCACUGGAUUAGCCACUCUCCCGCUGAUCUGCUUGACAUCUGAGCGGCACGAGCUUUCAAAGUUUGGAUAAUCAAAAAAAAAAGAAAAGAAAAAAGGCUGAAGGUGUAGGAUGCAGUCUGGAGUGAAGACGCUCUCCGCAGGUGGAGGUGCGUCACUCUGCUGCCUGCUGCUCCUGUGGCUAAUUUACUCCCAUCUGCUCAGAGAGGGCCAGUUGGCGGUGGGAACCUGUGAGAUUGUGAUGCUCAACAGAGACAGCAGCGUUCCCAGACGGACCAUCGCGAGGCAGACGGCCCGUUGCGCCUGCCGGAGAGGCCAGAUCGCCGGGACCACCCGGGCAAGGCCGGCAUGUGUAGAAGCACGAAUCGUGCGGAGCCGUCAGUGGUGUGAGAUGGCUCCCUGCCUGGAGGGGGAGGUCUGCAGCCUCCUGUUCAACCGAUCCGGCUGGACCUGCACCAGGGGCAGCGGUCGCAUCAAGACGGUCACGCCUUUGCCCAAGGAGCCGUCGUAGGGUGCAGAGAACACAGCAAGUAUGUUCAUUGGCAUCCAUGCUGCAAAAUGAACUGAGGCCAAUCUCUACACCAGAACAUUGUGUCCAUUCACCAAUGAGACUCUCAAACUUUACAACAGGUUUGACCUACCAGUAAAAAAAAAAAAAAAAAACUGCAGACAUUUCUGAGAACUCUAAAAAGUCUCAAGUGAUCUGCAGAGUACACCAUCGGCAUUGAAUCUUUACCGCAGACAAAUUUGUGGACACAUCAUAGAACAAAACCCCUGUGAGGAACUUUAUCAACAGGGCAGUGGAAUAAUCAUUGAAGUACAUUACCUUUUUUUUUUUUGCCCUUGUUAUCCAACGUGAGAUCUGCAGGGAUGGCUCCUUGAAAGUUUUUCGUACCUUUCUGCCGUGAUUUAAACUUGUCAGAAGGUCUUUCAGAAGUCGGCCCCUUCAUCUUCUUCACUAUUCCCGCUAUGAAGCCGUCCAGUGUUAUAUUCCAGCCAAGUUUCCUCAAUGACAGCUCGCUGCUGAAGAGUCAUGACUUUACUAAUUAUUGAGCCGGGCUGUAUUGUGCUCUGGAUUCUUUCUCUCAUUUGGCUGCGUGAACCUUUACACCGCAUACACACACAGGACGGAACAUUGUGGAAAAAGCAUGAAAGUCUAUUGGAAUGUCCCAGAAGAGACGACAGAGAUGAGUUGACUAUCUUUACUCAAUUACUGACGGUCAUUCGAGCCAAAUGUGGACAAUUUAGACGACUUUAGCUUAUAACUUAUGUUUUUUUAUGUGGUGUCAACAUAGACUAGAAGAGUAGUUUUUGUCAAUGAAACUCACACAUCUUAGACACACACCAACGGGAUCAUUUAGCAGAUGUGGACCCCUGGCUUAUUUUAAUGGUCUAAACUUUUGAGUGUGUGUGUGGGUGUGUGUGUAUGUGUGUGUGUGUGUGUGUGUGUGUGUGUGUGCGUGCGUGCGUGCGUGUGUGUGUGUGUGUGUGUGUGUGUGUGUGUGUGUGUGUGUGUGUGUGUGUGUGAGAGAGAGUGUGCAUGCACACCUAGAAAUACACUGUGAAAUAAGUCAUAUCCAAUGCAUUAUUCAUACUCUUGUACUUAUAUGUAUAUUUUCGGGACACGCCCAGUCCAGAGCUCACCAUCUGGCAAGAGAAUAAUGUGUGAUUUUACAGAUGUUGGAUCUCAUUUGAAUGUUGACGGAUGAAUCCUGGGUUUGCCUUUUUUAUUUUAUUUUGUGUGUUUUCUUUAGUACAUAGAGAUAUUUAUAAUGGAGGGGAAAAUAUUAUUAAAACUGGGGACAGAGCUGUCACAUAAGUUGAAUUCUGUAAUUAAAAUUAAUUCAUGCGUGAUUAAAUGUAUUCAGAAUCCUUGUCUAAAUUGACUAUAUUUUGAUAUGAAAUGUUUUGGCCAGCUGGAUGUGCUAUUUGCUGAUUUCAGAUGUUAGAUAUAUUUGAAAUGAUGUGUGUGUUUUGUAUAUAAAUAUAAAUAUAUAUAUACAUAUAUAUAUGUAUAUAUAUAUACAUAUAUAUUCAAUUAAUGUAUUUUAUGUUUUGUGGGUCUAAUCCCAGGAGCACAAGAGGCAUUCUUCUGCAAGAGGUGGAGACAAUAACACGAACACUGUAAGAUAUUUCAACAUAAAUCCAAAUACCACAACGUAAUAAGUCUGGAAGAUGAGUACAACAGCCAAAAGUCUAAAAAAAAUGACCUUCAGUUUGUUGCACAUUACAAUAGAAUGCAUUAUAUUGUACAGGUGUUCCUGUUAAUGUGUCUCUGUCUAUGAUUUAUUUUAAUUUCUUUGUACUAAAAAAAUCCUGUACAUCUCCAUCUUAAUGUAUGCAUUUAAGGAUAUAAAGAGAGCGUCCGCUCCUGGGA